CUCGUCGUCUCAGGUGCCGCUCUUCCAUCAUCAUCUUCUUGCUACAACUUCAGAUUUCUAGCGACAAUUUCUCUCAACAUCGUCGACCUUCUUCCCCUGAGCUUUGAGCAGCAACUUUGGUUUCUCUUCUGUGCUGUUUGUGAAUUUAUUUGCAGAUGAGUUCUAAAAGAGGAGGCGGUCAAUCUAGCAGAGGUGAGGGCAACAAGGCUUCACCCAAGGGUAAAAAUGUAGUUGGGAUUGAUGUUAAUCACUUGAGUCAGGGAGUCCAAGAUGUGAACCUGGAUUCCAGCCAGGAUGGUAAUUGGGAGGUUAUAUCCAAAAAGAACAAAAAUAGAACUGGAAAUGGUGCUGCUUCAAAACAAUGGGGUUCUCAGACUCCUAAACCUACUCCAUGGGAUGCCCAGAAAGCUGGUGGACGGGGAAACGGACAUGUAAGGGCUCCAAACAAUGUGUGGGGAACCCAGACAGGUGUCAAAGGUAGUUCUAGCAACCAACCGAUGAACAAAUACUAUGAGAAUAACUACACUGCUGCCUCAAAUACAAUUCCUCCACCUUUGCAGAGUGGAUGGAAUUGGAACUCCAGGCAUGGCAAUGCUAGGCAUGAUGCAGGGCAGAGGGAGACAUUAACGACCCCUCAUCCUUCUGGUGUGGAGGAAGUUGAACAGGAAGAUCUUGAGGAUAACAAUUACACUGAGGAUCUUGAUGGAUCUGAUGAUGAGCUUCUCAGUGAAGAGUAUGAUUCAGAUGAAAGCCCCCAAAGCCACGAGACAAGAAAGAAGAAUAGGUGGUACGCUGAUUUCUUUGGAACUUUGGAUACCCUGACGGUGGAGCAGAUCAAUGAACCAACAAGGCAGUGGCAUUGUCCAGCUUGUAAGAAUGGUCCUGGUUCUAUUGACUGGUAUCGUAGUCUGCAGUCUCUUGUGACACAUGCCAAAACAAAAGGGUCCAAAAGAGUAAAGAUUCAUCGAGAUCUUGCUGAAAUUUUGGAGGAAGAAUUGCGUAGGAGGGGAGCUACAGUUGUACCAGCCGGUGAAGCAUAUGGACAGUGGAAGGGACUGAAUGAAGUUGUUAAAGACAGGGAAAUAGUCUGGCCACCAAUGGUUGUCGUCAUGAAUACACUGCUUGAACAGGAUGAAAAUGAGAAGUGGCUUGGCAUGGGAAACCAAGAGCUUCUUGAUUAUUUUGGGUCUUACGCAGCAGUGAAAGCUCGUCAUUCUUAUGGGCCUAAAGGGCAUAGGGGGAUGAGUUUGCUUAUAUUCGAGUCCACGGCUGUAGGAUAUACAGAGGCUGAGCGUCUGAGCAAGCAUUUCGAACAUCAAGGCACAGACAGAGAUGCCUGGGAUCAUCGCCGCAAUUUGUUCUAUCCUGGGGGUAAGCGACAAUUAUAUGGCUACAUGGCUACAAAAAGAGAUUUGGAUGUAUUUAAUCAGCAUUCCCCAGGGAAAUCGAAGUUGAAGUUUGAGCUGGUUUCCUACGAAGAGAAGGUUGUCAACCAGCUAAAGCAAAUGAAUGAGGACAACCAACAGUUGCAUUAUUACAAGACCAGGGUUGCAAAAGAACAGAAGCAUUCAAAAGCACUUGAAGAAUCGUUUGGGUUGGUAUCUCAGAAGCUGCGAAAAACCGAAGUAGAAAACCGCAUCAUCAGGGAUAGAACACAACAGUACCAUAAGGAGAACAAGGAAGAGAUGGAUUACCAAGAACAGUUCUUCAAAGACCAGCUGAAGGUAAUCCAAGAAGCGAGGGAUGCGAAAGAAGGCCAUUUUGAUAAGCUGCAGCAGGAAGAAUGCAGGCGGGUCGAUCAAUCUUAUUCUGUGGUGGAUCCUCAGAAGAGGGAGGAGAAGCUUGAAGAAAUGAAAGAAUUCGAGGAAGAGAGGGAGAAGUUGAUGAAAUUGCACGAAGAGAAGACGGCGGAGAUGAAGGGCAGGCACUGGAGGGAAGAGAUCGAGUUGGAGGAGGGGCUUAAUGCAGAAUUGAGUAGGUUGAUGGACAAAUACACAUCCAAGCAUGAAGUGCAAGGUUGAUGAGGGGUUGAUCCAUGUCAUUACCUGAUAAAAUGAAAGACCCAACAAUCUUUUUCUAAUUGUUUCUCUCUACUUUUGAAAACCUCCCUAAUGUGAUCAUCAAUGUUUGGAAAUGAGGUUUGCUACUCAUGGGCAUGGUUAGCAAUUGCAGUUUAGACUCUAUACAUCAAUCUACUUGUAUUUUGAUGGUGUUUUGUUUC